AUGGCUGCACUAUCGAGCCUUAUCAGCUCCUUGUUUGGGUUUCCAAGGGUUGUUUCGAACUUUCGCGAUGCGGCUUCCAACAAAGGGCCUCAACUGGACCACCAAUUUACCAGCUGUUUCUUAGGAGAAAAGCAUUUUCUGAUCGAACAAACUCCCUUGAAGAUGGAUAGCGACCUGAGGGAGUGCGGAUUUGCGAAGCACGAGAACGAUGCUGAUUCCUGCAAAGAGACUGGUCCAAGGCGUUAUUGCCCUGCAACAGUAAUAUCUUCCCAACACGGAAAGUCAGGUAGCGAACUACUGUCCCACAUUGACCGCCUUCUGGAAGAUGAGGACUUCUCGGAAGCCUUUCUUCAACACACCAUCUUUCUCCUUGACAAGGCCGCCAAGGGUUACCAAUUCCCAGAUGCCGAAGUUCGUACUGUUCUGCAGAAUCGGGGCUGUGAUCGGAUAUACAUGGUCGAUCGUAGAAGCACCAGCGGUAUCCUGAGCGAAGGACCUUGCUUCAUCCAUGGACUCCAGGUUCACCGGACAUGGAGGCUUUUCCCAGAUGCACUCGAAGCUUUUCAGCUUCCCCUGGUGCAAGAAGCGGGCAGUGACAGGUUCAUUCCUGUCCACUACAUGUGGGAUGGGCAGCUCAUGAUUCCCGUUCCAUCACGGCUCCACUAUCCAAAAGAUUCUGGUAGACCUCUUGCUGGACUACGCGUUGGGGUCAAGGAUGUUAUCGACCUUCGAGGAGUGAAGACAAGUGCUCAAUGUCGCGCGUGGCUGAAUACCUUUCCGGCUUGCCACACUUCGGCAGAGUGUAUGGCAAAGCUGAUGGAGUUGGGAGCGGUGCCUGUUGGCAAGACUAAAUGUACUCAAUUCGCGUCGAGCGAACAGCCAACUGCUGAUUGGAUUGAGUUCCUCUGUCCUUGGAACCCGCGGGCGGACGGGUACUUGUCGCCGAGAGGAAGUAGCGCAGGUAGUGGUUCUGCGAUCGCUGGCUAUCCGUGGCUGGACGUGGGGAUUGGAACUGACACUGGUGGCAGUAUUCGGGGCCCAGCCGCUGUUAUGGGUCUCUUUGCAAUAAGGCCGACGGUGGGGGUUUCAAGCCUCAGAGGUGUGCUUCCAGCCGCCAAAUCUAUGGACACUGUGGGAUUCAUCUGCAGAGACGCCAAGCUUUGCAGAAAAGUCACAAGAGAAUGGUUCUCGGGUUCAAAAUCUCAGACAGGAAAGGAACUCAGGACACUGCUUUUCCCCAUCGACUACUGGAGUCAAUGGCCUUCGUCCGAUACCCUGGACUUACGAGACAAGUUCGUUUCCGAUUUCGAAAAAUUCCUGGGGUUGAAUCGAAUUGAGCUGUCUCUUGCUGAAAGAUGGGAACAAGAUGAUCCCCCUCGCAACGGCAUGGCCAUGAAUGACUACCUACAAUCUGCUUUCAUGAACAUCCUUUGGAAAACCUACUGGGACGCUUCCAAGGAAUUUCGCGAAGAGCACGAGAGAAAAUUCGGAUCGCGGCCUUAUGUCAAUCCAGUGAUCCAGCAUUGCUGGAAACGGGGCGAGAUGGUUUCGGCUGAAGACCAUGAAGAGGCGCAGCGCCGGAUCCGAGUCUACGCAGAGUGGCUGAACAACAAGGUUUUACUGCCAGGCCAUGUCAUGAUCUAUCCAUCCGGUGAUCUAAGUCCGUUCUAUCGAGAUGUUUAUCGACCGCCGCCAGACGAAUUACCGCCUUAUGACUGGUCCCAACGCGAGGAUCACCAGGCCAGUCUGGCUGGGGUUCCUGCAUUGACUUUUCCAAUCGGCCAAACACCAUAUACCUCGAAGAUCACAGAGCAGGCCCACCUCCUGCCUGUGAACAUGGAGAUCAUGGGACCAAAAGGCUCAGACUACGAUCUCACUGACCUGAUUCUUCGCAUGAUGUGUCAGAUGGGUUAUGACACGGUUGUGGAGACUGGUAAAUUGGCAUACAAGCAACGGCACGCAACACAUGGAGAUAGCAAGCAAUAUGCGUAG